CUCCCUCCACCAAAAGCAAUCGAUACUAAUCAUCUCUCUCACUUACUCGCUCUCUCUCACUGCAAAAUCUCAAGCUUUCUCUCUCUAAAUUUCAAUUACUUUGUUAAACUCACUUUCUGCAUUUUGUUUUUCUGCAAUUUCGUUUUUUUUUAUCUUUUGAGCUUCGAUUUUUAAGCAUUUCUGUACCAAUGGCCGGAAUGAAAGAUGCCCACAUUGUCGAAAUCCCAGUAGAUGAAGAGCAUCAGCAGAAGCUCUCGUCCGCCUUGACCAUCAUUUCCGCAAACCAACACCACCCACUAAUGGAAAUCUCUGAAUCCCCCGGCCAUCUCUUGCUCCUCAAGCUCUGGCGAAGGGAAGAAGACCUUUUCGCCAGGCGCAUUGCCGGAAAGGAGUCCAGAAUGGACUCCAUCCGCCGUGAAAUCUUUCAGCUCUGCUGCUUUUUCUUGAUCUUUCACGGGUUCUUCACCACCAUCCUGUUCACGUCUUCGGUUAACAAAUCCGAAGACCACGUCUGUCCCAAAUGGUGGAUACCGAGCGUUUUGUCACUCUCGACCUCUCUUGUAUUUGUGUUUUUGGUGCAGGUGAAUCUUUGGAGGUACUGGAAGGUGUGGAACCAGUUGCAGAGGGCCAAGGGCGAGAACAGAGCUCUCACUAGGUCUAUUCAAGAGCUGAGGAUGAAGGGGGCGAGCUUCGAUUUGUCGAAGGGGCCGCAGAUCGGGAAGAGGAUGAAGAGCUCGAGCGUUGAGAUCAAAUGGAAGCCACUGACUUGGUGCUCUCAGUAUCUCAUUACGAUCUGCCUUGUUUGCUUUGCAGGUUUGAUGUUUCCUGUUUCGAAACUCAUGCUCUGCGGAUUCUGAAGAUGUGAGCUUGGAGGUGUUUGCUAAGCUGAGAAUGGUAGCAUUCAAGAUGUCGCAGAAGCUGAAAGGGAAAGACAGGCGGCAGAAAGCGAUCCUUCAAACCAGCCGGCCAGCGGAGAUCAACACAACUGACCUCAGAUGGGUUCUUCCAUCAAUCUCCUGGCAAUUACUCAACUCUUUCCAUCAAGCACUCACCAGUGACCUGAUCGGAGUCUUCAUUCAACAAUUGGGAAGCCUGUAGAAAGCGAUCCUUCGAACCAGACAACCAGCGGAGCUGAACACAAUUGACUUCAGCCGGUCACUUUUUCUGUCAACCAGUCACCGAUGAUCUAAUGUUUUGCUGCUGCAAAAUCACCCUUUCUUCAAUGUCCAAAAGGAGAAGGGGGGAUGAAGCAUCUUUGGUCCGAUUACCAGCCAGACUCAUUCGCACAACCAAAUUAUACUAUACUCCUCUUCGGCUACUCAUUCGAGAUGAAAGAGCGGAAACAGACAUUUCAUCUCCUACACUUCUUCUGAAGCCUAUUGCACUCACUCAAACAACGAAAUUAUACGCCCUUUUCUGGCUCUGUUCGCAAAUCUAGCCAGAUCAAGGGGGCACUGCUUACACUCUCCUCUCUUUGUACACGUGAUUAUAUAUCAAUUCAAUGUUAACUUCUCAUAAUUCAUUCAA